AUGAAAGACGAACUUAUUAAGAGGCUUGGUAUGUCUAAUUUUGAAAAUUCAUUUGCUGACCUUUGCAACCACAAACAAACACGUACCAUUCGUGAAUAUGAGGGGCAGUUUGACAGUGGCCUCAAGGAACAAAUCAAAGCUAAUGUACAAGCCCAACGGCCUCCCACCUUAAUUGAAUCAAUUGGGCUGGCUAUGGUGUUUAUAAGUAGGUAUGGGAAGGCCGAAGACCCACGGCCUAGCCCAAUGGUACAUAGGCCUAAUGAACCCAAUAGAAAGGAACUUCUAGUACGGAAUAAGGCAGCCGUUUCUUUGGUUUCCUCAUCUUCAUCGAAUAUUUCACACAAACAGAAUUAUAGCAAAGGUGCCGAUAAGGCCUUUUGUUUCCACUAUGAUAAACCAUACACGGCGACCCAUACAUGGAAGAAACUCUUCUUUAUUGAGCUGGAACAAGAACCUGAGGCAACCUUAGAAGAUUUGGCAAUAAAAGAGGCCGAUCCACCAGAGAUUUCCCUCCACACGCUCACCGAUUCUAACUCCUCAAACAAUGUGCGUACAUGCCAAAUUAAAGGAAGGGCCGCCCAUGAAAGUGAUGAUAGCAGUGGGGAGAAGCUUGACAGUGUGGCUAUUUAUAAGCAGGUAUCUCUGGUCCUCCUUAACUCUCCAUUUCAAGUUGAUUUUUUACUCCUUCCUUUAGAAUGCCUUCUCCGAAUGCCUAUCCCAUAG